AUGUUGUCCCCAAGGAUCGCUUUUCGCAGGAAUAUCCUCGAUUUUACAAAAACUUAUCGUAAACCUUUAACGCUGUUCUGGAGAUCACAGAGAUCAGAGCCGAAACAGGUAGGAACCCCAGAAACUUUCGAUGGAGUACGACCUUACCGAGUAAUUCCAGAACCCAAUGGCUUGAAGUUCAUGUACGAUCUUUGUACAAAGACCGAGGGCUUUACCAAAGCUUACAAAAUAACUGAACGCUUGUUUCACGAGCUUGGUCCUAUUUACAAAGAAAAUUUGAUGCUUUGGCCGAUCGCGACUGUGCACGUUCAAGAGCCAGACGAUUUUGAGAAGGUUUUUAGGGCAGAAGGAAAAUAUCCGCGUAGGCUGAUGUUUGAUUUUAUGGUCGAGCACCGCAAACGAGGGAAUCAUUUCCCAGGCAUAAUUCCAGUGUAAGUAAACCGAUAACUAAUGAUUGCUUGUAAAAAAAAAUAUGUAUAUAAUUUGAAGUUAUAAUGUUACAUGUGGCUAAAUGCCCGGCAGUCAGAAAAAUUUCUACAAUUUCUGCAAAAUCCCUAUUUCUAAUCGUUUGAAAGUAUUCUAUCUUCUUAUAGAAUUACCAAGCGAUCAGGAAAACAAGAAUGGCUUCGCAGCUGAGCGGUUGUGGUUGGGCAUAGAGUAGAGUCGACGCUGAAAAGCUUCGUGAAGCAGUGCGUGACUCACUGUCACGUUUUCAUCCAAGCUAAAUACCCGCCAGUGUGCUUCAUUACACCGUAUGUUUAGCCGUUUAUUUAACCCUUCGUACCCGCUUGGCUUCUCUGAAGGUCGAUGAAAUACUUUCAAAGGGGGCUAAAGAGACACUUAAUGUUUAAAAUCCCUAGACAAAUCGGAUUGCCGGGCAUUUAAACUGAGGAGGAACCGUGCCUUUGAGUCAACCACCAUACUUAACCUCUGGUUAAAAACUCUGUUUUUUCUCGUUACUCGCCAAUUCUAAACCAUGACAGAAUAGUUUGAGGAGAAUGAGAGGAACGCUUUCCCAAGAUUCAGCAGCACCACCACUAUAUCAAGCUGUUCAAGUAAGGCGGCUCGAGGUUGCGAAGUAGAGUUUCAAAAUCAAGGCACUCUCACUCCGAUUGUUUUGGGAAACUAAUCGAGGCUAGUGUACAUGUAUUCUGGAGCUUAAGAGAAGGCUUUUUAAUUUUCCAGCUCCGCUUUGAGGUUGGCGGGUAUUUUAUAGCCUGUAUGAAAUCGUGCGUGUGAGUCACGCACUGCUACUCACGAAAUUUUCCUAGUCUUUGACUCUACUCUUCGCCCAAGAAACCACAACCGCUCAGCUGCGAAGCGAGUUUUGGUGGUUAUUCUAAAUAAAGAUGGUCAGGAAUACUUUCAAACGAUUAGGAAAAGGCAUUUGGCAGAAAUUCUAGAAAAUGUUUUGAGUGCCGGGCAUUUAGCCUCAUGUAAUAUUAUAACUUUGAAUUAUAUGACUUAAUAAGUUUUUGUAAGAUCCUUCCCGGCUGCCAAGUAAUAAUAGCCACAGCGAUAAUAUUAACUAGGUAUAGAGUACCGAAGUGAUGACGUCAUAAAAAUGAAAUUUGUGAAAUUAUGGGAUUUGUUAAGAUAUUCUGAAAGAACAACGUCCAAGACGCCUACUCGCCAAAAAUUAGCAAUUCGGGGCAAAUUGUCUCUGAGAUAUUAGCCCAGUUAUGCUGUGACGAUUCCAUACAAAUCCUUCUAAAUUUGGCUUGGUUCAUAAGAUUAGGAACCAGGUAAGAUUUAGAAGGAUUUGUAUGGAGUCAUCGGAGCAUAACUGGGCUAAUAUCUCAGAGACAAUCUGCCCCAAAUUGCUAAUUUUUGGCCAGUAGGCGUCUUGGACGUUGUUCUUUCAGAAUAUCUUAACAAAUCCCAUAAUUUGACAAAUUUCAUUUUCUCUGACGUCACACUUCGGUACUCUAUAGUAGCAUGCUCAACUGACUCCACAAGAAAAAUGAGCUCAAAGAAAUACUUCUGAUCCCUUCUUGAGUUUAGCACCCUUUUCCUGCUACAGCCAGUUCUGGCCGGAAUCAUCAUCUUUGAUGUGUAGUCAGUCAAACAUUUAAAUAAACGGGACCAUCCAGGAAGAACCGACUCUUUGUUCUUUACUUUUCGUUUUUUUUUUUUCAUUAUAAUUGUGGAAGUGAAUUUUUAAGUCGAUCUCAUUUAAGCCCCCUCCGUUUAGUUCUUGAAGAUCUCUCGACGAAGUCAAUUGCAAACACACAUCAAUUACAUGUAUAAAUACUGUUUUCCGGUCCUUGCUUUGGCUCGUCACGCUAUCCUUGCCGAAACAAAAGCUGUGGUUUAAUUUGUAAACGCCCACGCCACAAGUGUGCAUAUUAAUGCAGAUGUUUGGAAAUUAAAAGGCAUAUGUUUUGCUUUAAAAAAAGACGAAGAAAAGAAUAAGAAAAUUUGACAUUCGGCAAUAAGCAAGUCUCACGUCGGGCAGAUCUUUGAUGAUAAAUGUCCCAACCAUGGGAACUCAAACCCUAACAAAUUCUUGACAAAUGCUGGUGGGGCUAUUAACGAUUUUAACUAGUGCAGAAGACAUAAAUGGGCAAUAUAGCGACUAUAGCUAAUUGGAAUAGUCCCUUCGCCAACCUCAGGUGAAGUGUAGAAAACUGUAUGCCCCUAUACAUUGCUUCCUUUGAUCUGAUGAAUGCGUUCAACCUGGCUGUAGAGGCGUCAGAGAGACAUGGAGAUUGAAAGCGAGAGCGAUCGUUAAAGCAGCUACAACACUCGCUGGCCUCACGAGUUGUAUUUGCACUUAUCUCGAACAGACGGUGGAAAAAAAGUUGACAGUGUAAAACACCCCGCGAAGACACAGAAAACAAAUGCCAGACAGAUGAGAUAGACUCAACUCAAAAACGCCUUUCCGGAGAGCAAAAAACGCACUUUACUAGGUGACUGACUAGCGAACUUCAAAGAGCCUAUUAAGAAAUCAGAAAUCGCAGAAGCUGUAAGGUUUUAUCUAGAAAAUACAUCUGGGAACGUUUACUUUCAUUUAUUGUUUUCCCAAGACUGAAAAACUUUAGAACAUGUGUUAACUCUUAGGAAAUUAGUUAACUCUCAAGAAAUUUUCUUAUUAAGAUUGUCACAAGGCUUCUUUUUGUAAAACUUUCCAUCUUUCGAUCUUGGGAUUUUUCUGCUUCAUUCUUUCUUUUUUCUGACAGAGAUGGAGAAGAAUGGCACAGAUUGCGGAAAACCAUCGCUCCGAAACUCAUGCGCCCAAAGAUUGUGGAAGAAAACAUUCUUAACUUUAAUGCUGUAAGUAAGGACGCUGUAGCAAGGUUUGUCGAACUAAAGGAAGCUUACGAGCAAGAUGAUCACAUUCCUGACUUGGACAAGGAACUGAAUCGAUGGUCUUUAGAAGGUAAGCUUCGAGAAGUCGAUGACAACUGUAGAUGACAUUUGCAUCGUCACUACGUGGUAAAACUGUUAUGUAUAAGAACUGUCGAUAUUUAACAAUUAUUGGACGAGGUUGAGCAAAAUAUCGUGAUUUGUCUAUGGCGAGCAGACCAAAAAUCACGAUAUUUUGCGACAACCGAGUUCAAUAAUUGUUUUAUCAUUCCAUCACCGAGUUUGUUUUUUUAAUGAAUAUCCUUCGGAAGCGAAGCGAUCUGCCAUUUUCACUCAAGAGCGAUCGCAAGAAGGAGAAAAGCACGGUUUCCUUUACGCAUGAGCAGAAUAUCAUUUGCAGCCAAACACCGUUUGACGGCAUUGCGCAUGAGCGGACCAUUAUUUGUAGGCCGUUAUUUGCAGGUCACGUGGUGGGCUCUCGGCCAAUGAAAAGAAAGAAAUAUUAGCUUCGAAUGAUAAUAUUUAUUAUUAUUGUCAUUAGCAUUAGCAUUAUCAUUCUGUUGUCGUUAUCAUUAUCAUCAUCAUAAUCCGAUUAUUAUUAUUUUGUCAGGCAAUCACAUGUUGUCUGUUAAAAUCUACUUCCCAAUAAUAAUUGUCUAACGAGGGCGCCGAAUGGGGAUGACGGACUUGGGAGGAAGAGGAGGAUUCAAUUAUAGUUACAGCUGUAAUGCUGUAAAACGAAAUCACCUAGUGACGCUGCUGACGCAUGUCAGGUCCUUUCAGGAUUCGAUACGCGUUGCGCAAAUUAACAUAGUGAAUGGCUUCUCCAUCCCUAUGAGGCUAGAGUACCACACAGAAGGGCCACAUGUCCUUCUUGAGCCAGCCUUGUAUGAACUCUAUAAACCCCUCGUGUCCUCCUCUAUACACCAGCUUUAUUAUUCUUGAAAACUGUUGCAGGUGUUGGUACACUAGCAUUUGAUACUCGUCUUGGAUUAUAUGAAGAUCCUCCGCCUCAGGUAGCACUGGAAUUCACAAAGGCCGUUAACAACGUCCUUGAACUUUCCCAACAACUUACAUUUAAUAUAUUUAGCAGAGUUGCCUACCAAUACAUAGACACACCAGUCUUUAAGAAGUUUCUUAAGAACGCUGACUUGAUACUGGAAAUCGGACAUAGUUUUGUUGAAAAGAAGAUGAGGGAGCUGAAAGAAAUGGAUGAAAAGGGACUUGAUCAGGACGACGCUCAAGGUGCGUGUACGUAUUAUAAGGCCAGAUUGAAAACAUUUCUUCUUAGCUGCUUUACCACUUGUAAAUAACACUUGUUUUUUGCUGCUUUUUGUCUUUUUUGUUUUGCUUUCUCUUUAUGCUAAUUAUUUAUUCAUUAUAUUUAGUCUUAGGCCCUGUCAACACGUAUCCGUUUUCAUUUGAAAACGCAACUUUUUCUUUACGGAUACGGCUUCCGUCCACACGUAUCUAAUGAAAACGAUCAAUGAAAAGGAAAUUUUUCGAAAACACUCUCCAGAGUGGAACUUUUUGAAAACGCUGUUUUCCCGUGUACGUGUGGACAGACGAAAACGGAACUUUUCGAAAACGCUGAAGACACACUAUCACUUCCAAUCUACUCCGCGCAAUAUUAAAAACUUACUCAAGAUGGCGGACGGACGCUUCCCUUUCUUGUCUUUUAUGCUUUGGCUUCAGUUUCUAACAUAAUUGCUUGUUUUCAAGCAAAUUUAGCUUUGUUAAUUCCUCAAGCUGAUUAUUCCAGGAGGCGGCAGAACCGAUUAUCAGGUUACUUUCGCUACCGGUGUCAAGAGGCGGAAGGCUGGAUCUCCCUUUAGUUUGACUUUGUUGAAUGUAUUAUUUCGCGGGCUCAUAAUAGCGAACACGUAUGCAUUAAGCAUGCGCAGUCGGGUAAGUUAUCGUUUUCAAAACGAUUCAUCGUGUACGUGUGGGCGGGCGAAAACGAUGCGAAAACGGUACGAGUGGACGCGACUUUUUCUGAAAAAGGAGAAAAAAAGUUGCGUUUUCAAACGAAUACGGAUACGUGUGGACAAGGCCUUAGGCUAAAGGGAUAGGUUGACGGUUAAGCGCAUGCAAUCAAAUUACUUCUUUCCAAUUUAUUAUUAAUUCUAUCGGUUGGACACAGCAUUAAGUAUUAAGAGAGACGUUGUUUUUUUCUGUUGAGUUAUCGUGAGAAAUUUUUAUCGUCAAGGAGAGUGGCGUGGGAUAAAUUAGCUAUGCAAAAUUUCUUCCUGGUAUUCAACAACUGUCAGCAAUGUUGGUUAAAUUUGCUUCUUUGAUGUAGUUGUUCCACUGUUGACAUAUUUACUCAUGAAGGAAGAUCUUACGUUAGAGGAGGUCAGUGGACACGCAAUUGAUGUCGUCGGUGCUGGCGUUGAUACGGUAAGAUUAAUAAUUGUAAUAAUAAUGAUGAUAAUGGUAAUGAUAAUGAUAAUAACAUUUCACCGAAGGAAAUCGAAAAGAAAAGCAAGUACAAAGACCUAGGACUGGAAACUUAGAUAUUGUGGCAGAUGGUUAAAAACAUCAAGCAAGAAUCAGGGAGAGCUACUGUGAAAGAGACCCAUAAGAUCUACAUACUGGGAUCUGUACGAAUCCUCAGGAAGGUGCUUAGUGUGAACAGACUGAUUGACUUGAGUGACUGAUGCUUCAGGUGCAUGGUUUGCGCCCCGCUGACGUACAAAAAGAACAAUAGUAAAGACUGUGACAAAAGAGAUAAUAUUAAUAAUAAUAGUAAUAAUAAUAAUAAUUAAGGUAAUAAUAACAUUAUUAUUAAUAAUAAACAUUUUGGGAGAUAUUACUAGUUUUUCGCACACUUUAAAACGUAAAUUUGGUCCAAAGAAGAUACAAAAAAUCAAAAAAAAAAAACUUUCGUUUUGCAAAUCAAAGACAACAAGCACGAACCUUUUCAGUUUCUGAUCUGUUUCAAGAAACGCCAGUGACGCAUAUCACAUUAUUUUUAGACAUACUAUUUCUGGGUAGACUUUUAGACAGUUACAAAAAGCUUUUCAUUUUUUAUUUUCAUUUAUUGCGGGCGACAAGAGGAGCCUGCAAUCCUAAUCUCAGGUUGUUAUUACCCAUGCGUCGCAUGUAUGUAGCCAGCAUUCGUUUGGACUUCCACUAAGAAUGUAUAAAAUGCACAGAACGCACUUUGAUCACACGCGUUUGGACUUUCUAUCUCUCGUUAUCUGAUCACGCUUGUUUUGACCAUCUGUCACGUGAAACUUACGCAAAGCAAGCAGCUGGAGCAAAAGCGUUUUGACCUUCGACCGUUGUCACCCGCAUUCCGUAACCUUUGGUUACUUCUAGUUUAUUUAUUUAUGCAUUUAUUUUUUACAUUUACAUAAUGAGCAGUUAAAUUCGAACUCAAGUAGACUGCUAUUUAGUGCGGUUAAUGAAAAAGAAAAAAACCAAAAUAAUAAAUAAUUUUUCGUCUUCUUUCUAUGCAGACGUCAUCUUCUACCCUUUGGUGGCUGUAUAACUUAGCACGAUUUCCUGAGGUCCAAGAAAAGCUCUAUCAAGAGAUAGAAAGUGUUUUGGGGAAAGAUGAUGACGUCACACCUCAGCAUAUCGCCAAACUACGCUAUCUCAAGGCGUGCCUUAAGGAGUCCAUGAGGUUAACUUAGAGAAGAUUAAUUUUGCAAUUGCAUAUUCCUCACUAAGUAUAAUAGACAGGUUUAAGUAAAGUUUUACUUACGAGUUGAUCGUACGCGUCUACGGAAAAGUUGAACAGGCUUUAUUUUUUUUUUUGACGACUACCUUGCUCGCUUGCAAUAUUCAGCCAAAUAUAUAACCAUACUAUGUACAUUUUUUGAAUGUUCAGUAGUUUAAUUAACAAUUAUUCGCCGAAGGCGAAUUAAAUAUUGUAGAAAUUUAGCAAUUAUUGAAUGAGGCUGAGUAGGAUAUGAAGAAUUCUGCAGAUCGAGGAGGGUGUUAUCCACAGAGGCCGAAGGCGGAGGUGGAUAACACCCUCCGAGAUCUGCAGUAUUUUCAAACAUAGCUUAUCAUAGUUUUAAUUUUUUUGUCAGCUUUAGCAUCAAUAAUUGAAAAAAAACGUUUAAAGUUGAAAUAACUCCCGUUUCUGAGAAGAAACACAGAGCUGUAUUUGCCUCUGUCAGCUCACCGUGAAUCAGAAAGUUUCUUUUGUCGCUUCUUGCAAAUGCUGUCAACAGCGGCUACGAUUGAUUAACUUCUAUUUUAAGACAAAAUUGGUCUUGCGAGGAAAUCCCAAGUUCACAAAACAGUGACAAAGCGGCCUCGUUUUCCUCUGUAGUGGUAAUAACAUUGCUUCGAGCGUAUGAAAGUAAAUCACUUCACAAUAAAUCACGCUGUUUAAACACCAUGAAGUCUUUUCUUACCUUCAAAAUCAUCAACACUAGGGUAUUCUUGUAUUUUCAAAAAGUUCUUAGUCUGAAACUUGGCAGAACACCCAGUUCAAUCAGGACAGCGAUUUUGUUUUGCUUCAUAUGCAUCGCCUAGCGCGGUGAAUAUUUAACAAUUAUUCCUCGAGCCCGAAUGGACUAUUGAUGUGUUUCCUUACUUUUAAAUGUUUUUUAUCGAUCUCUUAAUGUUAAGUUACGUCUUCUUAUCGGGAAAUUGGUUCGGAAAAUGAACAGCAAUAGAUUUAUAUCUCGCCCCAUGGAUCAGAAACUUAUCCGUAUUAUUAGAAUCAGCGCAUUGACGUUUAUGUCAUCCACUGUUUCUUUUGACUUGAUUUUUUUUAUAACUCUAUGUUAUUUCUUGAAUUGCCAGUGCCGUAGCCAGACCAAACGGCCAACCGAGGCAGGCGGGAGUUGCUAGGGGGGUUCGGGGGCAUGCCCCCCCUCCCCGAGAAAUUUUGAACUUUAGUCUCUCGGAAAUGCGAUUUGCAGCGUUUUCUGGGCCUUUCGGUAACUUUUUUUCGAGUUAAUUUAAGUGGAAUUUAAAAAGCAAUAAUCAGAAACAAGCUACAUAAUCUGGGUGACCGUUUACCUCGCCAAUGGUUUUGAUCAGUAUUUGUUCAAAAAAAAUUUGAGUUAACGUACGUAGCCCCUUGAGAUCGAUGAUAUGGUAAUUUUUUCAUAGUAUAUUGACUGAAUUGCUGAAUUCUUUGUGAUAUCAUGAUGCGUUAAAAAUAUCCGAUGAUCGCUUAUGUAAAAUAAAAAUGAUCGGCGAAAUUCGUCAAAAUUUUACCGAGGUGAGUGCCUCGGUUGGCCUCAUACUAGCUACGCGCUGAUUGCGAGGAGGUUUUGCCGGAAUUUUGUAUUGAUAUUGACGUUUUCUUUUUAUGAGUAUUUUACUGAAGUUUUGUGUGCAGCUUUUUAAAAGAUUUUAAUAAAGUAUUUUGACAUAUUAAUUAUUAUUAUUAUUAUUAUUGUUAUUAUAAUUUUUAUUAUUAUUAUUAUUAUUUUAGACUCACUCCGAGUUCUACAGCGAUUGCAAGGAUUUUGGAAGAGGAGGUUGUUUUAUCUGGAUACCUUGUUCCAGCUCAGGUGAAUCUUAGUACUUGGCCCUUACACAUUCAAAAGUGUGAUUACGCUCAUUUGUUCUUGACUAAUGCUUUUGUCUACCAUCGAAGCAGGCGUCGAAGUGUGUUUCAGGGUUGCACAUGCGUUCCUCGCACCACCAACCCACUAAUGUGCAGGAUAAGAAACACUCAUGGUAAAAAACUUUCAAUUCUUCAUUAGCAUAAAUUUUUUUUCCAGACUCUCGUAUUUAUGGAUUUAUACGCCACGACACGUUCAGACAAGUACUUUAAAGACCCUUUGGAGUUCAAACCGGAGCGCUGGCUAAGAGAAAGUAAAGAGGUUCACCCCUUUUCUCAUCUACAGUUUGGAUUUGGGCCUCGUAUGUGUGUUGGUAAGAAGAGAUACUAG